GUCCCCGAACUUUAGAAUUGGGCCCUAACGAUCUAAUGUACAAGAUUGCAAUUGCAAAUGAAGCGCAAAUCGCAAAUAGUCCAAUACUAAGCUCUCCAUCGACGGGCCACCUGGUGAAAUCUCGGAGCAUCACAUGUUACCAUUGUCAGAGCAAAUACCGAUGUUUAGCGCCAAACAACAAAAACAAUAAAAGACCCGCACAUUAUCUGGUGUACAGUCAUAUCCGCUGACAGCGCACUCUCUCCUGUUACCUAAUCCGCGUUGCCAGAUCAGUUGUCCUCUAAUACUCCGAGGUUACAGCAGCUCUGCCCAAACCUUUACACCUCAAAAAAAAAAAAAAAAAAAAAAUCCAUAAACUCAAAAGUUCACUUGAGUUGACCCUUUAUUAUUUUUUUAAUUUUCAAAAUUGUCUCAGAUGAAUUUGCUCAUCUAUUUGGUUAAUGGAGUCUGUGGUAAGUUAUGAGCUGGGUAGGUGCCUGCACUAGACAAACCCAGCUUGAGAGCUCAUCAUUACCUGUUUUUCCUCAUCUGCGCACUUGAAGUUCGCUUUGCCUUGCUUACUUCACAAGGGUAAUUAUAUUCUUUCCUUUGAUUCAAAUUGUUAUUUAUGACUUACCCAGAUUUGGAUCUUCUCCUCUUUCUUUGCUUUACUCAAAUUCCGUAAAGAUUUUUCACAGAUCGUUUUGUCCUUUUUCCUUUAGUGGGGUUUGUCAGUUGUCAGUAGAUUUACUUGCCAUAUGUGCAGUUCCGCUUAUUUACUGCAUAGAACAUUGAGCGUUAGAGUAAUGGCUAUAGCUCGGCUUGCUCGCCACGCGAAACGUCCUUACGGGUUAUGUGCGAAGGUGACAGCGGUAGCGAUUAUGGGUCUCUGCUUUAUUUUUGUUUGGUCUAUGUUCUCUUCUUCUUCCUCUUCUUCGUCAGUAACCAUUCAGAGGGAAAGCUUCGACGAUAUCGCUCAACCAGUACCAGCUAACAAUAGGGUAAGCAAUUCUAAGACCCAAUCUAAAAAGAAGGAACCAGAAAAACAUGAAUCGAGUAGAGAAGAUCAAAAGGUGAAAGUUGAAUCUAAUUUGGAAUCGAAAAAGGAUGAGAAAAAGAUUAAUGGGUCUGCUUAUCCGUCUAUGAAUGAGCACGAGUCUCGGGAAAAGGGUAAGAAAGAAUCAUCUAAUAAGAAAGAUAGUGCUAGAAAGUUGCCGAAUGGGGUGGCAAAAGAUAGUAAUUCGCAAGAGGAAUCUGAGAGCGAAGAAUCAGUAAAGGAAGAGGAGGAGGGAGGAGUAGUGGAUGGUAGGGAAGAGGCAACUGAUGGUCAAAGUGAAGGAAAUGGGGAAGUGGAAGGAGAAGGUGGUUUGAUUGAAACAAUAGAUCAAGAAGCUACAGAGAAGGUGGAAGAUGAAAGUGGUGGGUCAAAAAGUGCUGGAAAGAGGGGAAAGAUAAGGGGUCCUUUAUUUGAUCCAAUAGCACAUUAUAGUUGGAGAUUAUGUAGCACAAGAAGCAAGCACAAUUACAUUCCUUGUAUCGACAUUGGGAGUGGUACUGGAAGGCUGCAAAGCUAUAGGCAUACUGAGAGAAGUUGCCCGAGAACACCUCCAAUGUGUCUUGUUCCACUCCCUCAUGAGGGUUAUGGCUUUCCUGUGCUCUGGCCUGAGAGCAAGUUGAAGAUACUGUAUAAAAAUUUAGCGCAUCCAAAACUUGAUGCAUUUAUUAAGAAAAAUAGUUGGUUGGUGCAGUCAGGGAAGUACAUUACCUUUCCCCAAAACCAAUCUGAAUUCAAGGGUGGAGUUCAGCACUACCUUGAAUCCAUUGAAGCGAUGGUACCAGACAUUGAAUGGGGAAAGAAUAUUCGUGUAGUAUUGGACAUGGGAUGUGCAGAUUCAAGCUUUGGGGCUUCACUCCUUGAUAAAGACGUAUUGACAUUGUCACUUGGCUUGAAGGAUGACCUAGUUGAUCUAGCCCAAGUUGCACUAGAGCGGGGUUUUCCUGCAAUAGUUAGCCCCUUUGGAACUAGGAGGCUUCCUUUUCCUAGUGGUGUUUUUGAUGCAAUUCACUGUGGAGAGUGCAACAUUCCUUGGCAUUCCCAUGGAGAUAAGCUUCUUCUGGAGAUGAAUCGGAUUUUAAGGCCUGGUGGAUACUUCAUUUUGUCAACUAAACAUGACAAUGUUGAAGAGGAAGAAGCCAUGAUCACUUUCACAGCAUCUAUCUGUUGGAAUAUUUUGGCUCAUACAACUGAUGAAGUAAGUGAAGUGGGUGUUAAAAUAUACCAGAAGCCGGAGUCAAAUGACAUAUAUGAGUUGAGAAGAAAGAAAAAUCCACCUCUUUGCAAGGAAAAUGAAAAUCCUGAUGCAGCCUGGUAUGCUCCUAUGAAGAGUUGCUUGCAUACUAUUCCAUCUUCAAUUGAACAGCAUGGGACAGAUUGGCCCGAAGAAUGGCCUAAGAGGCUGGAAACUUAUCCGGACUGGAUAAAUGAUAAGGAAAAGUUGAUUUCAGACACCAACCACUGGAAAGCCAUAGUUGAAAAGUCUUAUCUGACAGGAAUUGGUAUUGACUGGUCAAAUAUCCGGAAUGUAAUGGACAUGAAAGCCAUCAAUGGAGGAUUUGCGGCUGCUCUCUCACAACAGAAGGUUUGGGUAAUGAAUGUGGUCCCUGUCCAUGCACCAGACACACUUCCUAUCAUAUAUGAGCGUGGGUUUUUUGGUGUCUACCAUGAUUGGUGUGAGUCCUUUGGCACAUAUCCAAGAUCAUAUGACCUUUUGCACGCCGAUCAUCUUUUUUCACGGCUUAAGAACAGGUGUAAGCAUCCAGUAUCAAUUGUGGUGGAGAUGGAUAGAAUAUUGCGGCCUGGCGGGUGGGCAAUUAUACGUGAGAAGGUGGAGAUACUAGAUCCACUAGAGGGAAUACUGAAAAGCUUGCAUUGGGAGAUUCGCAUGACUUAUGCUCAAGAUAAGGAGGGUAUAUUAUGUGCCCAGAAAACCAUGUGGCGGCCUUAGAAUCUCUGUGUAUGAUAAAGUUCUUGUUUUCCGAGUAUAACUGCAAAAGGAAAGUAGGAGGUGAAGGCAAGUUUUUUCUGCUGCCUUCAUAGCAGAGCAAGAAUAUACAGAUUCAUCAUUUUUUAGUUAAGUAUAUGAUUUAACAACCAACUAAUUGGAUAAUCACCUUCUCAAUGGUUUAGUCGUAUGUAACAUGUAGUUCUGAAUUGAGUUUCUGAAUUAUCUUUGGAUUUUGAAAUUAGAUGAAGGUGGAGUUGAAUUUGUGUUGUGAAUGAUCCAACAUAAUAUCAAAUUCAUCUAUCUGAAUGGAUUCAUUUUAUAAA